AUGACUCCUAGCCAGGCUCUGAAGAGAGCUCUUCUCAACAUUUUGGACAUCGCCAUUGUAGAGAUGGAGACAAGAUUCUCCAAAAGCAAUCUGGAUCUCAUGAAAGCAGUUAAUUGCCUUCAACCACAAUCUCCCUCUUUUCUGGAUGUUGCCAUGUUAAGUCCUCUGCAAAAAAUGGCAAAAAGUGACAGUGACAAACUUUCCAAUGAGAUUCUUGUCGCAAAAAUAAUGUUGGAAAAAGAAUUCAAAAAGACUAAUGAUGAUGAGAACGUAGAGUUUGUAGACCUCUCCACCAUUUGCACAUAUCUACACAGGUAUAAGAAUGCCUUUCCUCAGCUCCAUCGCAUGUAUGUGACCUCACUUGCAACUGUUUUGACACCCUUGGGAAGGAGAGGACCUUCUUCAGCAAUGUUGUACAGAACUAGCAGUGUAUUGCUGCUGUACAACCUGAGAUAUCAAGAAAAGAAACAGAAAGGGGAGAUGCCUAAAUUUAGAAUCCAGACUCUCCCACCGUCAAGAAGAGAGAAGCUGAGGGAGAUAUGGAGAAAUUCUCAAACAAAAUAUAGAGCCAAAAGAAGAAAUUUAAAUGCAUUACUCAACAUGACUCCCCCAGAUAACUCCAUCUAUGAUGGAGACAUCCAGGUAGACCCAGAUCAAGUCCCAGGUCCUACAUCACCACCACCAAGCCCACCUUCAUCACCACCACCAAGCCCACCUUCAUCACCACCACCAAGCCCACCUUCAUCACCACCACCAAGCCCACCUUCAUCACCACCACCAAGCCCACCUUCAUCACCACCACCAAGCCCACCUACAUCACCACCACCAAGCCCACCUACAUCACCACCACCAAGCCCACCUUCAUCACCACCACCAAGCCCACCUACAUCACCACCACCAAGCCCACCUUCAUCACCACCACCAAGCCCACCUUCAUCACCACCACCAAGCCCACCUUCAUCACCACCACCAAGCCCACACACUGAAGAGAUAAAGAAGGAAAACCAUAUGUGGGACAAAUUGUUGCCAUAAGUAUGGAGGGGCUGCAGGUGAACUGCAUGAAACAACGUGGAGACAAAAAUGGUUUUGUCUGGCCAAAUAGGCGAGACUGCAUUUAUUAUCAAGAUCAGGAAGUUGUUUGUGGCUUAUCACAACCUCAGCAAGGCAGUCGGUUUGCUACUCUCUCCAAAUUUGACUGGCUUAUGUACAAUGGAGUCUAGAUGAACUGAUUUAUUUGUGGAUCCACUCAGCUACGCUGUAUGUUCACGGUUCAAAUGAUAUAAAACAAUUGUUUGUUUUACUUAUAUUAAUACAUAUUGCAGACCAGUUUUGAAUUGAAAUGACAUUUGAUACACAAACAUAUGUUCAUAUGGUUCAUACAAUAUUUAAAAAAUGUUUAUUUUAUUGUUAAAUAUCAAAUAAAUCAAUAAAAUUUGAAUAUUA